CUUAAAUCUUGUAUUCCUUGCGAAUUUGUACGCAAACCUCGAGGACUUGAUGAAGUCGACAGAUUUAAAGCCGUUGAAUGUCGCCUCUUUUUUUACUACUUGGCUCCUGCCGUUUUUAAUGUUUUUUGGCCCGAAGAUUAUGUGAUGCAUUUUAAUUCUUUACAUGCUGCUCUAACAAUUUUAAGCAAUGAAAAACAAUACAAGGAGAAUAACUCAUGUGCCAAGGAUUUAAUAAAAUGGUACAUAGACACAUUCAAAGUUCUCUACGGAGAAGACAAUUUAGUUUUCACAUUUCAUUGUCUUUUACAUUUACCUGAGCAAACAUUACUGCACGGAAUUCUCGAUAACGUAACGGCUUAUCCAUUCGAGAAUUAUAUGCGAACUUUGCUGAAAAUGAUACGUAGGCCGAAAGAUCCAUUACCACAAUUAUUCCGCGGAUUUGUUGUAAGAUCUCAGUUUUCAAGCUCACUUUAUCCAGAAAAAAGUGCUAUUCAAAAAUAUCCUCAAUUUGUUCAUCCUUAUGAAGCUGAUUUACCCUUUAAUUGUUCAAGAGCAUUUCGAGGAAUCCACUUUCGAGAUUUCAAACUUCUGGAAAAAUAUCCCGACAAUUGUUGCUACUUGAACGAUGGCAGUAUAAUUUUUAUCGAACAUAUAACAAUUGAAGAUGGUAAACCUGCAAUAAUUGGAAAAGCAUUUUCAGGAUUAAAGUGUUUUCCAAAUUACCCUGGAAAUUCUCAGGAAUUAGGCCUUCAUGUUGCUGCAGGAUUUUCAGAUAUUAAUAUUUUACCAGUAAAUAAAAUAAGUAAAAAAGCUGUAGUUCUCACAUUGAAGGAUCAAUACUACCUUAUACCACUUCUUCACUCAACGACAUGCGACAAAUAAAGCAUAUUAACCUUUGGCAACAAAUGACAGAGUUGUCUCUCAUUCAUAACAGCAAAACGCAAUUUCAUGGUAUGCUGCUGUAUUUGAGGAUGGGUGUGCCACAGUACCAAGUACUUGGCUCUCUGAUGACAAGUUGACAGUUGAAUGGCCCCCGAAAGGUGUGAGACUGGGAAACUAUUGUAUAUCGAAACUAAAACCAUGUUCAUCAUGGAGGAGUUAUAAAGUAAAAUACCUACACGGACCAUUUGAGUCGAAAGAGGAUGCACUCGAUGUAGAAAAACAAUUAACCAAUUUGUCAAGUUCAGAUGAAACUUUUAAAAAUCUAGUGCCCAAGAAGCAACUACCACCAAAACGUCAAGCAAUGCCAAAAAAUUUUAGUUCUGAUGAAGAAUAUGUACCGAGUCCAAAGAAAAAAAAAAUCAGUCAACCACCCUGGAAUUUUAAAACAGAUGAGAAAAAAUGUGUUCCAAGAAUUGUCAAAAACGAACCUUAUAAUGAUAUAAACAAAAUUAGGGUAAGGGAACUAUUAACAAUUCAAAAUGAACAAAAAAAAAAUCUUGAAAGCAUAAAAAAUAAAAAAAGCAACGAUCAAAAUGAAGUAAAAAUCUCUUCAAACGAAAGAAAAUUCAGUACACUGAGUGAAACAAAAAGUAGUCAUAAUUCCAGGAAGGACAAUGCGACCAAAGAGAGAACACACACUUCAACCAAAGAGAAAGCACAUAUUUCGAAUAACAAGAGGCACAGCACAUCGAAAGAGAGAACACGCGUUUCAAAACACAAAAAUAAGUCCAGUCCCGAACGAAAAAAAUCUAGUCCACAAAGAAAAUCUAGUCCACAAAGAAAAAAAUCCAGUCCGCAAAGAAGAAAAUCCAGUCCACAACGAAGAAAAUCCAGUCCACAACGAAGAAAAUCCAGUCCGCAGAGAAAAAAAUCCAGUCCACAACGAAGAAAAUCCAGUCCAAAAAGAAGAAAAUCCAGUCCACUUCACACAGGCAGGAGUCCGAGAUCAAGAGAUAGUUCAACUCACAACAUUGGGGGAAGCAGUACAGCUGACGGAAUUAGAAUGAUCAAUUCAGCGGGUAAUAGCAGAAAAAACAGUCCAGCCAAGAGAAUGGGGAAGACCAGCAAUGCUAAUGGAGCUGAGGGGAAUGACAGUGUCGAGAAUAGCAGUUCAGUCGACCUACUUGGGGGAACGAGUUCAAGUGUCAGCUUCAGGGAGACCAUCCAUGGUGGUAAAAGUAGGAGAAACAUCCCAAAUGACAGUGUCGUAAAAAGCAGUACUGUUGACCUGAUUGGGGGAACAAAUCCAAGUAGCAGCUUCACGGAGACCAGCCAUGCUCGUCGAACUGGUGGAAAUGGAAACAUCCCAAAUGGCAGUAUCAGGAGCAGUACAGUCGACCUAAUUGGGGGAACAAAUCCAAGUAGCAGCUUCAUGGAGACCAGCCAUGCUCGUCGAACUGGUGGAAAUGGAAACAUCCCAAAUGGCAGUAUCAGGAGCAGUACAGUCGACCUAAUUGGGGAUACCAAUCCAAACAGCAGCUUCAGGGAGAACAGCUUCAGUGACACUUUCAGGGAGGGCAGUCGAAUUGAUAGUUCCAGGGAGAACAGUCCAAUUGCUGUUGGUAAUCCUAACGGGGGAUUAAGAGAUGCAAAUUCUGAAAACACUAUCACAGAGAAUUCAAGGCGGAUCAAAAUUUGUCAUCAGGGAUGUGUCUGCUAUAAUUGCGACUUAAUGCAGGAAAUAAGAAAGUCGUCAAUAAUUAUACAUAAUGGUGUCAACCAUAUAAUAAAUUACCUCGAAUCGGGACAUGAAGUCAGAUCAAAUUUAGCAUCUGACACAACAAGUCACGAAACUCUGCCGAAGCAACCUUUAAAAUCAGUUGAGGAACUUGAAGAAUUUGAUAGGCUGAUUCAAAAUAAUUCUGUCGCCUUAGAACAAUUUCAAAGGAAAGUAAGCCGACGGGGUGGAAAGGAUUUUGCAGCAGCCUGUAGAGCAGUAAUGUCCCUUAUUAUGACAGAUACCUUAGCAAGAGAGUAUUCGUGGAAAGGCGUGAAAGGAAACAGAAAAUUUGAAGACAAAAAUAUAGCAGCAACUGUUAUAGGAGAAAUUCUGAAAAGUUUUCCAACAACCACGGAAAGUGCGAUUGAAGGAGUUAUUGCGGAUUGGUUCAGGAGGACUGGAGAUCGAAUUAAACGAAACAUUUCAAAAGGUGGACGUGGUUAAUAACUGG